AUGUCCUGGUUAUUUGGACUAGGGAGUCUCCUAGCUGCGAUAUUUAGUAUGAUGCUAGAUGUCGCACAGUUCUGGAAGCAUAAGCUGCUGUCGUGGUGGACCUCAAAGUCGCCUCGCGCUAGGCUCUUUCACACCAUUGAGACAGCCCAAAGCUAUGAACAGUGGGAAGAGGCAGCGUUCGAACUGGAUGAGCUCCUGAGCAAGGACCUAUGGCGCCAGAACUCAGUGAGUCGACACUAUGACUACCGGCUCAUCCUGGGCCGAAUGGAGUCAUUGAUGCGCGCACGUGAAAGCGACGACAUCCUCACACUGGCCAAUCUUCUCCGGUCAGGACUCGUACGCAACCUAGGCAACAUCACGUCAACGAAACUAUUCACACACGCCUAUGCAGGCACCAAGCUUCUGAUUGACGACUACAUUACUCAGGUCGCGCUCUCCAUCCAAUAUGUGGCCACCUUGCAGCCAGCUCCAGUAUGGGCAAGUGAAUUCACGUCGCAGGCAAAACUGGAGCUGUUACAUGAUACCCGGCAAGCCUUUGGACGAACGACGCUGCUCUUGCAGGGCGGGUCGGCAUUUGGGAUUUGUCACUUGGGUGUGGUGAAAGCACUACAUCUCCAGGGUCUCUUACCGAGGAUUAUCACCGGAACUGCCACGGGAGCUAUGAUCGCUGCUCUUGUGGGCACUCACCCGGAGAGCGAACUGCUUGCAUUGAUAGAUGGUGAAACGAUUGACCUUUCUGCUUUUGAUAUUACUUCCGAUGGUGAGAGCUGGACGCGAACAUUCUUACGGCGAAUACUACGAUUGAUUCGAACGGGUCACUUGUAUGAUAUGGAGCUGCUAGAGGAUAGCAUACACAGCCAUGUGGGUGAUCUGACGUUCGAAGAGGCAUAUGCCCGGUCCAAGCGUAUCUUGAACAUCACGGUUGCAACGGCCGGUAAAACUGGCACACCGAACUUGCUCAACUAUCUCACUGCGCCUAAUGUGUUGAUUCGAUCAGCCGCUGCUGCAUCGAAUGCCUCGUCCCUAUCUCGUUCAUCUCCAGUCGUCAUUCUCUGCAAAGACGAGACCGGGGCCAUAAUACCCUGGCCACACAUGGAAGAUACGGUCUUCCAACCAUGGAGACAUGUCAUAUACAGCGACGGAGAAUCACCACUCUCCCGAAUCGCAGAACUCUUCAACGUGAACCACUUCAUCGUCUCACAAGCACGACCGUACUUGAUCCCAAUCCUGCGAUCCGAGCUCAAUCUUCUUGACCGCCGCCAAACGGGCUGGAACAAUCUAUCUAGAUCUAUGAUGCGACUAGUACUUGUCGAGCUUCGCCAUAGACUUCGGCAGCUAGACUAUAUCGGACUUCUCCCAGGCUCAGUCAGCAGACUGUUAAUCGACGAAACCAUCCCAGGCCCAAACCUCACUCUUGUUCCAGAUCUGUCAUUCUACGACAUGGCCAAACUCUUCCAGAAGACAACCCGAGAGCGCAUCGCAGACUGGACUUUGAAAGGCGAGCGGGGUGUCUGGCCAGCUGUUAGCGCUUUGAAGGUCCGUGAAGCGAUUGAAAUUGAGCUGGACCGGGGAUACCAGCUUGUUCGUCGGCGUCGGCCGAGUGACCCUUCAAUCCCGGUGCCAGCUCACCACUCUCCUAAGAAGAUGCCUCGUCAACGACGGCAAAACAAUGAGCAUGUAGGGAAAUGGAAUGAUGCUUGUGAAUGA